UUGAAAGGAAAUCGGAUUUGUUUCAAUGACUAUCUCAUCGAAAUGUAAACCUUCCAAUUUUGAUCUGGAGUCUAGAUUCAUAACACUUAUUAGCCUACAGCCUAACUCUGUUAAGGGGUACUUUUUUUUACAGGUGCUGCUAAAAAGAAAUUUCGUUUCGCUUAAAUUAAGAAGGUCAAAAUAUCAAAAAUAACAUGGCAGGAGAUUUUGUACCAGAAGAGGAGUUAAAUCUGACGGGCAUCAAGAAAUAUUUCAACAGCUACACCCUGAGAGGUAGAUUUAAUUUUGUUGUCGCUACAUACAGCAGCAUCUUUGCCAUGAUUGCUUGGUACAAGUACCGAAAGUCCAGACGAUCCACACAGGAGGAGACUGAGCCAUUGCUGGACUCUGAAGUCGAGAUGACCAAGGCGCAGGAGCCUAAGCCUAAGCCUAAAUCUAAAUCUGGUUGCCAAAGAUCUGAAUAUUACUAGACACUUGCUAGCUUUCUCUUACAAUAUGAUCUUCAAGUUAUUAAAUUCUGUUAUCGACUUUAAUUAAAUUAUUUUAUUAAUUCAA